UAUGGCGGACCAAAAUUUGGAUGCAACUAUUCAGGUGACCCAGCAGGUGCUGGGGAAAUUCAUCAAAAAGCCUCCUCUCACCGAGAAGCUACUGAAGAAGCCUCCAUUUCGGUUCUUAAUGGACGUUUUUAACAAUUUCAUCAAACAAACGGGCAGGUUUGAAGGCCUUUACUUGCCGGAGGAGCAGCAGUUUGAGAAUAUAUCCGAUAGGGAGGACAAAAUAAGGUUCCUUCAGAAGAUGAUCGAUGUCGUCAAACUGUCCACUAAACUGGAACUGAAAGUCCGCACCUCUAAAAUAGUGGCUGGCCAGGAACCGGAGCUCACCAAUGAAUUACUUCAAGCGAUGGCCAGUGUCGCGGAAAAGAACCUGGAUUGGAAAAGUGCCGUAGAUCAGGUUGUAGGUUCUCAUAGUAAACCAGGGAAACCCUCAAAGUCGAAGGAACAGUCAAGCAAAAAUCCAUCUCCGGCUGGCAAGGAGGAGGGUGCAAAGAAGCCUAAGGAAAAACGUAUAUCUCCGCAGGAGCAAAAGCUGCGUAAGGCAACGGAGCAAACCUCCCGAUCCUCGCCUACGGAGAAGGCGGCCCAAAAGAAAGCCAAGAGUGGAGCUGGAGGCAGUGACCCAAAGCUUAGCCGCCAGAGUUCGAAGCAAAAGACACCAUCCCCCGUCAAGCAAAAGGCAAAAGUUAAGAAGGAAACAUCUACUGAAAACCCCAGCAUAUCCAUACCGCCAGAGGAGGAAAAAGUCAUCAAUAAAACUGCUCCUGAAGCACCAAUUAAUCCACCGGGGGAAGUAACAAAUAAAGAGCAAUCUCCUUUAAAAACUACCAAGGAGGCCGUGGAGGAACCCGUGCAGUUACCAGAACCUGCAUCCCUUGCUCCACCUGCUGAGCCCGAAAGCCGUAAAUCCUCUGCACAACGCCGCAGCUCUGCCUCCUCCACCAAGAGCCGUCGGUCCAGCGGCAGUCAAAGGCAAGCCGAUACAAAUGGCAAUGAGAAUAAUCAGCCAGUGGUUCAGCCGGAACCAACUGUGCCAGCACCAAUAGAGCCAAGUCCGACUCCUUCCGACUCCAAGAACAACAAUGGCAACAAUGAUGUUAAAAGAGAAAUUCCUCUUUCCCGGGAGAACUCGAAAGAUUCAACUCAGAGACCCAGAACUUCACUUAGACCACCAUCGGCACGACCCGCUUCUGCUCGUCCUGGAGCACCCCGACGACGCAAUGUGGAGAUUGUCCUUCAACCCAACGACCAGGUCAAGAUGUCUGGCAUUAAUGUGAAGCUGGAAACCUUCGGCGACCUGGAUGACGAUGGGGAAAACCUUGUGAUCAUAGAAGACGCCAACUCGCAUGAUAUUAUCGAAGGGAAGCCGCAGGAGGAAGCCCUUCUAGAAGGACAACUUGACGCCCAGGGGCGACUGGUCCAGCAAAUCCUUGAGACCCAGAAGGAGUUGGUUCACCAAAAUCCCGAGAUAGAACCACCCCAGAGUUCCACCACACGACAAAGUUCCGCUCGCCAGGUAAACGAUCUCCGCGACUCCAUCCAGAGCCUCACAAAGGCCAUUAAUCCGAUGGGAAAACUACUGGACUUUGUGCCGGAAGACGUAGAUGCGAUGCAACUGGAGCUGACCAUGUGGCGGGACACAUACAAUCAAGCAUCCACGGAACUAAAAAAGGAAAAGAGUCUCACGGCAUCCGCGACAGAGCCCCUUAAGCACCAGCUCCAGCAAAUCAUGGCCAGUAUUGCCGAAUACGAAGAGUUAAUAGACGAGAGCCGUCACAGGAUCCAGCAAAACAAUGCCCGUAUCCUUAAAAUGCUGAUGGAACAAUGA